AUCAGCAAAAUAUAAAUUAAUUCAGUUGUUCUCGACCAGCAGGGGUCAGCGGAGAACUAUGAAGCGUUUUCAUACACACAGCAAAGCCUGCUGGGUAAUGAUUACGGGCAAAAAUGGCAGCCACCCUUCCAAGGAUCUUGUCCUUCGGUAAAAAUACGAAGGCUUUGUUCAAUGGCAUGAGGUUAUCUGUAGUGCCAGUUCAGCAAUACAGUGUACCGGUUUCUAAUUAUGGAGAAAAAGUGACUCACACAGGACAGCUCUAUGAUGAAAAUGAUGUGAGAAGAGCCAGAUUCAUCGGUAGACAAAAAGAGGUGAAUGAGAACUUUGCGAUCAACUUGGUUGCAGAAGAACCAGUGUCAUACGUAGAGUCAAGAACGGUGUCCUGUGAUGGAGGCGGAGGGGCUCUCGGCCACCCCAAAGUUUACAUCAACUUGGACAAGGACACCAAAGUUGGCACUUGUGGAUACUGUGGGCUGCAGUUUAAGCAGAAGCAUCAUCACUGAAGAACUGUCUUUUGUUUGUGUGGGCUAAACAUUAUUCACAUUUGAAGAUAUCUAAUUCUUUCUCUGUAAAAUAAAAUAUUACUAUAAUAUAACUACAAAA